AUGUCGAGUCAAGAUAUUUCCGAGUUCGAGAAAGACGUCAUAGAGAUCAAUAACCCCAAGGGAAAGGACGAGGGAAAUCUAGACCUCAGCAAACACACCUCACUUCCCGAGUUGAAACAAGUCGCCAGUAAUACUUUAAGCAGGGCGGCCUCCCGACUCACCACUCGAUCUAUCGUUGAUCCCGGCCCUCCCCCCGAUGGUGGACUGAAAGCAUGGAUCCAAGUGGCCAUGGGCUGGGUGGUAUGCUUUGUUACCUGGGGUUAUAUCAAUUCCUUCGGUGUAUUCCAAACCUAUUACACGGACACCCUGGGAGAGUCACAAUCAACGAUAUCUUGGGUUGGUUCGGUCCAAUUAUGGGUAGUUUUCUUCGUGAGUGCUUUUUCUGGUCGGGCAUUGGAUGCUGGACUGUUCAUACCCACUCUGUUGGUCGGGUCGGUGAUUCAAAUAAUCGGCAUAUUCAUGACGAGUCUCUGUAAAGUAUUUUGGCAACUUGUCCUGGCCCAAGGGCUCUGCACAGGAUUAGGCAGCGGUAUAUUUUUCUGCCCGACCUUGGGGUUGGUCACCACUUAUUUCAAAAAGAAUCGAGGAGUUGCGGUGGCCAUUGUCUCAACGGGUAAUUCAGUGGGUGGUGCAGUAUAUCCUGUCAUCGUGCGCCAACUUCUUCCCAAGAUUGGGUAUGCAUGGACCGUCCGUGUUUUGGGGUUUGUGAAUUUGGCCUUGCUCGCAACUGCAUUGGCUUUCAUGCGUCCGAGAUUGCCACCUCGAAAAGCCGGCCCGAUCGUCGAGUGGAAGGCCUUCUAUGAAGUGCCGUACAUCUGUGUCCUCGUUGGCAUGUCCCUUGUCUUUGGCGGUCUCUUCUUUACCUAUUAUUAUAUCGCCUCCUACGGUCGCACCGUCAUCAACAUGAGCUAUGCAGACUCACUCACACUGCUUAUCAUCUUCAACGCAGCAGCCAUCCCGAUUCGACUCAUGACGGGCUUCGUUGCGGACAAAUUUCUAGGACCUCUGAAUGUAAUGGUCCCUCUCCUCUUUCUCAAUGCGUUGUUUGCAUUUGCUUGGAUUGCUGUCACUACUGAAGCUGGUAUGUACGUGUUUUCGACAUUCUAUGGCUUCUCAGCAGGAGCGUUCCAAUGUCUUUUCCCCACGACGGUAACGAGUCUGAACAAUGAUUUGAGUAAGAAUGGCGUUCGCAUGGGGAUGGCGUUUUCGAUUUUCAGCUUUGCAGGUCUUGCUGGUCCACCAAUUGGAGGCGCUUUAUUGACGACGAAUGGUGGAGGUAAAGGAGGGUAUUUAUCGGCGCAGUUGGGUCUGGGAUUGGCGACGACUCUCGGUGCUUGUCUGAUGGGUGCUGCUCGUGUGUACAAAGAUGGCUGGAGUUUGAGGAAAAAGUGUUAG